AUGCCUGGUCAGGAACUGCACCUGCUGACCAUUGCCGACCUUGGCAGGCUGAUUCAGUCGCGCCAGCUCUCCCCUGUGGAGUUGACAGCCACGUAUUUGGAGCGAGUCGAACGGCUGAAUCCAACCCUUGGCGCAUACAUAACGGUUAUGUCUGAGACUGCCAGGGCCGAAGCAGCCACGGCCGAAGAUGAGAUCGGACAAGGCCUGUACCGUGGACCUCUUCACGGGAUUCCGGUCGCCCUCAAGGACAUCAUCUACACCCAGGGCGUUCUGACCAGCGCCGGAUCGCGAGUAUUAGCCGAUCACGUUCCCGCCUUCGACUCCACGAUCGUCGAGCGCCUGCGAGCUUCAGGGGCCGUGCUGCUGGGCAAGUUGAACCUGAGCGAAUUCGCGGUAGGCGGAACGAUUGACCACCCAUUCGGCACUCCCAGAAACCCUUGGAACCUGGGACGCUCAGCUGGCGGGUCGAGCAGCGGCUCCGCGGUCGCCGUUGCUGGCGGUCUCUGCGCAGGCUCGCUGGGGUCGGACACGGGCGGCUCGAUUCGCGGGCCCAGCGCCUUCUGCGGCACGGUUGGAUUGCGCCCGACAUACGGCCGUGUAACCCGCCAUGGCGUGGUGCCAAUGAGCUGGAGCCACGACACUGUCGGCCCCAUGACGCGCACGGUCGAAGACUGCGCGAUCAUGCUCCAGGCCAUUGCCGGGCACGACGAGCGUGACUCGUCAUCGAGUUCUGAUCCUGUGCCCGACUAUGCAGCCUCGCUAGGCGGCCGAUCAGACCCCUUGAAGGUCGCUCUGCCAUUUGCAGCCUUCGACGGAGCGGUCUUCCUCGCGACUGCGGACGUGGACGCGGCGACGUUCCACAUGGACUGGCUCAAGACCCGGGGCGACCUCUACGACUGGAGCACCAGAACUCGGCUCGAAUCUGCCGCCCUGACCCCGGCUACAACCUACCUCAGGGCACAGAGGGCAAGGACACUCAUAAGAGAUGAGCUGAUGACCGCUCUUGAAGACCACGACGUAAUCGUCUUGCCCGCCAGUCCCACGCUUGCUCCGCCGAUCGCCGAGUCGACAGGCUCGCCUGGAGGCUACUACCAGGGCCGGCUGGAUCUCGGCAGACGCCAGUACACCAGUCCUGCCGCGCUCGCGGGUCUGCCAGCUAUAUCCGUCCCGUGUGGCUUCUCGGACUCCGGCUUGCCCAUCGGCGUUCAGAUAAUCGGACGCCCGUUCGCCGAGGCUGAUCUCCUCAGAGUAGCUCACAGCAAUUCGGGCCCCUCUGCGCUUGGCAGCGAGCAACUAGAGGUGCCCGAGUCAUCGGUCAACGACUGGUGGAAGCGUCCUUUCGACCUCCUCAUCUUAAUUGCCGUUCACAUUGCACUCGCCCCCAUCUGGGCGGUUCUCUGGACGGUUAUCCCCCUGGCGAUCUGGCUUCGCGAUCGCGGCCCCGUGUUCUACACCCAAGAACGCCUCGGCAAGAAUGGAAGGACUUUCAGAGUCUACAAAUUCAGGUCGAUGAUUCCUGAUGCCGAAAGACACACCGGCGCUGUGUGGGCAGCAGACGACGAUCCCCGCAUAACGCCCGUUGGGGCGUUCCUGCGCAACCGCGCACUCGACGAGCUGCCACAGGUCAUCAACAUGUGGAAAGGCGACAUAAGCCUCGUGGGGCCAAGAGCCGAGCGUCCGGAAUUGUCCGAGCAAUUCGAGGCUCUAUAUCCCGGGUUCGCCCGGCGGCUUAGUGUCAGACCUGGGAUGACAGGCCUGGCGCAGAUCUUCGGCCGCUACUCGACGAAUCCACGGAACAAACUGCGGUACGACAUGCUCUACAUAGAGCGAAUGUCGCCACUGCUCGAUGUGCGCCUGCUGGCGUCCUCGGUCAUCCUGACUCUUCACGCCCGCUGGCAAGACGAGCAACGUUAG